AUGAGACUUUCACUAUUGCUCUUCGUCGGCGCUGUGUGCGCCCAUACGACCAUUAAGAAUAUUGUCAUCGAUGGAAACGCCUACCAUCCCUUCGACGAGCGUAUUGACCAUCUUGUCGGUCCGGUUAAACGCAUCGGAUGGACCUACGAUGUAGUCCCCCCCACAUUUAAUCCUGUCACGGACUUCUCGAGCCCGGACAUUGCCUGCCGUAAGAAUGCCAUAGCACCAGCGCUGAAGGCAAUUGCUCGUGCUGGCGCGGAGGUGAUCCUCCUCUGGACGCCGAUCACACGCAUGCACUGGGGCCCAGGGGUUGCGUAUUUGGGCCGUCUUCCCACGCCGGAAACCUCGCCAAAUGAUAUCAAGUUCUUUAAGAUCUACGAGAAGGGAUUUGAUGCUACCGCUGAUAAAUGGGCAAACCAGCUCGCCAACGACGAAGGCGAUAUGUACAAGCUCCGACUCCCUAGCGACAUUGCACCGGGUACUUACAUCCUCCGCGCCGAGCUCAUCGCCCUUCAUGGCAAUAUGAAGGAGCUCAUGUCCCAUGAUCUGAAGGAGCAGAUCCAAAUCUACCCGUACUGUUUUAGCAUCGAGAUCACGGGAUCCGGCACCGCCAACCCGGAGGGGGUGACUUUCCCAGGACCAUACAAGGGUACAGACCCGAGCUUCACCUUCGCGCCUGCCGCGACGUACUUAAACAGUACGGAGGGCUUCACGGAGGAGAAUAGCAAAUUCGUCCCGCCAGGUCCACCCUUGUAUGAUGGAAAAUACGCCGCGCCGACCGGUCCCCGUCCUACAGUAACCCGUGAACAAACCGGUGCAUAUCCACCGGAGCUUGAGGUCAUAUAUCAGGACUUGAUCAGAAAAAUUGAGAGGCCGGCUCUAAAACUGGCAACGUAUAUCAAUACCGCAUGGCCCGGGUAUCAGGCCGACUCUGACACAAUGAAAACGUACGCGCAGAUAGGUGCUGGGGUGUUUAAGGAGAGCAAUGAGGCCAUAGAGGCGGUUAAAGGGGAUAUUCUUGCGUUUAAGAAUGCUACCCAAGGAUAUAAAUCUUAA